CAAUGCAUACUUCUAGUUAGCGACAACCCGAAACGCACAUUCCAUGCUAACUUUGUCACAACUGUGAACGCAGAACUCGUUAGAUUUGGGGAGCUCCAGGCCCACCGUAGAAUAUUGGGACUUAUUGGUGUGGCAUGUGCUCAGUCGCCGACAUCUGCUGGUGCGGUAUCUUCGUCACUUGAUGAUGCUACGCAAGCCCAUAUUGUUGAGCGUCGACGCUCAUCACUAAGCUCCGGCUCAACUUUGGAAGAACUUAAGAGUAACUACGAGAAAGUGAAAAACGAUUACGCAGCCACACUCGUUGAUAGUCGUUGUAUCUUGCUAGGAUAUGAUGAGCAAGAUGUAGCGGCUCAUUUUUCACCUCGAGAGAUAUUUCUCUUCAAUAGAAUAGAGGAAUCAGAUGAACUAGAGACGGGUAUUCGAGAGUUCAUGCGUGCUAUUUAUUUCGUUGUUGGAAAGUAA